ACUGAGCUGCAGGUCACGGCGUUUGUUCUGUUGCGCUAAUGGGAGGGUUAAUGGCGGCAGUCUCGUUUAUUACUGGCAGCAACGUAACAUCGGUAAAUUGUCCGAGCUGUCCUGUUUGUAAAACAAAAAGGGCGUGUGACACAGAAAAAGCCCUGUACCAAGGAACAGGUCACGGAGAGAUCCACUGAUAAAAUCCCGGGUCUACUUAAUGAUUUUCACUCGGAGCAGAUUAAUUUUUAACCGGAGUGUGUUCAUUUACCUGCAGAGCCAUUAGCUCAGUCUCGCAAUGGCCAGUGUAAGAAGAGGAUCUGCGGCCGCUCUGAAAGUUAGACCUGCAGUGAGACAUUUAUUGGAAGAAAAGCACAUACCUGGAAGCAGAGCGCGACUGAAGACGAGGGAACAGCAACAAGUGAACCAGCCCGAGGACUGAGAGCACCGACUGGAGAGAACCCAUCUGACUCGGAGAUUCCGGUGAUUCAGUCAGGAGACAGUUUGAACCCGGAACACAGCCUCACUGGGACAGAGUGGUAACAUAACCUGGAGCCGCAGUACAAGAACCCGUAACACUGCCUUACUGGGACAGGGUGGUAACAGAAGCUGGAGCCGCUGGCUGUACACGCAGGUGGAGCUUUCCCGAAGCGGGACCAGGAUGAAAACAAGACGGCGACGAUCAACAAUCGUCAGUCAGAAUCAGAAUGGACAAAGUUGGGAAAUUGAAACGAGCAGCGAUAGGACUGAAGAGGAUUUUAUCAGGCGGAUCAUCGAGGGAAGAUGAUCGGGACACGGGAAGCAAGGUACCAAAUCAGGGUCAGAUUAAGAGCAACGUCCCAAUGGAAAGUGGUCCCGCCGCAGAGGAGCAGGAGCAAAUUCAGCCCGGAGACAGUGACGUCAGCGACACCGAUCAGGACCCUGGAACCAGCACAAGUGAGGCGACCCCCUGUCAGCUCGGAAGCUCAUUGAACAUGGAAUUGUCAAGUGCCCAACAAGGAGCAGAGCCAGAGUUUACAAUCUCCGACCUCCUGGCAGAGGGGGAGGAAUACCGACUGUACCAACUGACAAAGUUCUACAGAGACAGACUCCAACAAGCGAUUGAAGAAAAGGUUGAGAGACUCGGUAUAAUGUUGACAGAGGCGGGACAUUUCAGUAGAGAAGAAAAUGAAAAAGUCACUGAACUGGCAGAGAAGGGAAACCGGGCAGAGAGUUCCAGACUCCUCCUCAGUUUGGUGAUGGGCAAAGGCUCCCGGGCCCGGAGGGCGAUGUGGAAAUGCUUUGUGACUUUGAGGACUGAGUUACCGAAGUUGGACAGAAUACUGAGGCAAAUACAGGAGAAAGGUCCUGAUCCACAGGAAUACAUGAACAUUGCCCAAGAGUUAUUUGAGUUACCUACUCAACUGAUAGCUGUUCAACAGAAACACAAGGAGGCUCUGCGGGCACAAACUGAAACACUGAGAGUGAACACGAUCCUGAUGAGGGAGAAGGUGAAGGUUUUCCAGCUGGUUGAUCGAUUCGUUGAGCUCACGGUGAUUACUACUGUUCGAGAUCGGAGACUGGUGGAACAUGAGCUGCUGGCAAGAGGCAGAGACCACGAGGAGUGGAGAGAGAAACAUCUCUGCGGAGAGCUGGAAAAAAUCCAGACUGAUCAGUUGUUCCAAAACCGCUUUUCCUGGAGUAAAUCCAAACCUGGGGAUUCAGCAGCAGUGACCGGAGUCGCGGGGAUCGGGAAAACCACAAUGGUACAAAAGAUUGUUUAUGACUGGGCCAUGGGGAAAAUAUACCAACAGUUCCAGUUUGUAUUCAGUUUCAAAUUCCGGGAUUUAAACUCCAUUAACUGCAGAAUAAACCUGAGGGAACUGAUUCUAGGUCAGUAUCCUUACUUUGGGAAUAUCCUGGCAGAGGUCUGGAAGAACCCAGAGGGUUUGCUGUUUAUAUUCGAUGGUUUGGAUGAAUUCAAUGAUAAAAUUGAAUUUGCUGACAGUCGGGGAGACACGGUACCUCGCUCCACAUGCACAGAUUCUGAAUUCAAGUGCAAGGUGUCUGACAUUGUGUACAGUUUAAUCCAGGGCAAGCUGCUCCCGGGGUGUUCAGUGCUGGUGACCACCCGCCCCACUGCGUUACAUUUAUUGAAAAAGGCGAAGAUCAGUAUCUGGGCUAAAAUCCUGGGAUUUGUUGGUGAGGAACGGAAGGAAUAUUUCAUCAGACAUUUUGAAGAUCAGACAGUGGCAGCAGCUGUUUUCAAACACGUGAAGAAGAACGAGAUCCUGUACAACAUGAGCUACAAUCCUGCCUACUGCUGGAUCCUCGUCCUGGCACUGGGCCCCUUCUUCACACAAAGAGUCAGGGACCCACAGCGAGUUCCCAAUACUAUCACCCAACUGUAUUCGUGCUAUAUUUACAACAUCCUGAAAAAUCACGGCCGUGAGAUUGAGAACCCCCGUGAUGUGUUAUUCAGGGUUGGUCAGAUGGCCUUCAGAGGAUUAUCCGAGAAGAAGAUUGUCUUUACAGAUGGAGAUUUGAUCAACUACAACCUGCAGCCUUCCCAGUUCCUGUCCGGGUUCCUGAUGGAGCUUUUAGAGAGAGAGGAUUCCGCUUGGAGCGUGGUGUACACAUUCCCACACCUCACCAUCCAAGAGUUUGUAGCUGCAGUCGCACAAUUCCUGAAUCCACAUCCCGGGGAUAUCCUGAUAUUCCUCACUGAAGCCUACAGCAUUACAGAUGGGCAAUUUGAGGUAUUUCUCCGUUUUCUUGCUGGUCUCUGCGACCCAAUGUCAACUCGGGGCCUGGAGGAGUUUCUGGGUCCAUUUCUUCAUGAAACAUCCUGCCGGGUGAUUGACUGGGUGAAGGAGGAGGUUAAGCACCGGACUGCAAACACUGGGACUGAAGCUCGUAAAAGGAGCCUCCUGAACACAUUGCACUACCUGUUUGAGUCUCAGAAUCGUGGUCUGGCUCAGGAAACACUGGGAUCUGUGGAAACACUUUCAUUCAGUGGAAUGACACUGACCCCGAUUGAUUGUGCGGUCCUGUCUCAUGCCAUCGGAUUCUGUGAUACAAUAAAACACCUCGAUCUGACGGGCUGCCACAUUCAGUGUGAAGGAAUCCAGCAGCUGGGACCCGGGCUGCACAAGUGCCAGAAGCUGAGACUCUGUUAUAAUAAAUUGGGAGAUUCAGGAGUGAAACUGGUGUCUGAGUCUCUGAGGAACCCGGAGUGUAAAAUACAGAAACUGUGGCUGUGGGAUGUCGGUCUCACAGAUUCUGGUGCCGAGCCUCUCGCCUCCGCUCUCAGUACAAACCCAUCACUGACAGAGCUGGACUUGAGUCAUAAUGAACUGGGAGAUUCAGGAGUGAAACAGGUGUCUGCGGCUCUGAGGAACCCGGUGUGUAAAAUACAGACACUGCGGCUGUGGUGUGUCGGUCUCACAGAUUCUGGUGCCGAGGAUCUCGUCUCCGCUCUCAGAACAAACCCAUCCCUGACGGAGCUGGACCUGGUAUUCAACUCGCUGACAGACCGAUCUGUCCCCGCUCUGCGCCGCCUCAUACUGACCCUCCCGAGACUGGAGCGGAUCUGGCUGGGGGAGAAUCGGUUCAGUCGGACCGGGGAGACGGAACUGAGAUCUCUGCAGGAACCCAGACCGGGACUGAGAGUGGACUGUGAACAUCCGCGCCCGCGGGAUGGGGACAUUUUGGCCGAUUCCGCGCACUCCCCUUUAAUUCCCCCUCCCCUUUAACUCCCGCCUUUACCUGUAAUGGCCUGGCGCCGGGGUUAAUUCCCAACGGUUUUAAUGGAACCGAUUCCAGUCUCCAGCUCAGUGACAUCGGAAGCCAUCCCGUAUUUCCGCCUGCUGUUCGGCGGCGCAGCUUCCGCCGGAUGUGCGGGUUCGAGACUCCCCCACGUGAGACCCGGCGGAAUUACACAGACAGGAAGAGCCCGUGAUCCGGGGCUCAGUCCGGGACACCGGUGUCCCGGGGUGGGAUUAUCCCGGGAGAGAAUCCCUUUACUCCCUUUGCUGAGGACGGUGUAUUCACAGUCUGGCAGAUAUAAUGAAGUUAAAUUGACAAAUACCUCGGCAGUGACCCUGGAUCUGCAGCGAUCUCGAAAUCGGCCCGAAAGUGUGAUUUUAUUAUCAUCGGUUCCCCGAUACAGAGUGACGGUGAAAGACGUAUCUGAAUAUUUAACCUGUCACUCCUUGUCUCCGAACAGUUAAUUGUGUGUGACCGUGAAUGAAUCGGGAACAGCUUAUUUAUUCCCGCACGUCAGAAGCUCAUACACUGUUUAAUUUGCAUUUGUCAUAAUGAAAUCAAUAAACU